GGCGGGACUAAAAAAAAUCAAACGUCCCCCCUCAACCCGAAGUUUCUUCAUACAGCGAAAUGAGUUUUUACGGGCAGGCCUAUCCAGGAGCAGGGGGUAACAUUCCUCGACAGCAUCCUUCUCCAGGUAACCCCUAUGGAGGUGGUGCACCCCCAGGUGGUCCUGUAGGAGGGCCCUAUGGGGGUCCGGCUCCACCCAGGGGUCCGCAGUAUGGUGGUGCACCGGGAGGACAGUACGGAGGACCUUAUGGUGGUUAUGGUGGCUAUGGUGGAGGUCCUGGGGCCCCUGGAGCUCCUUAUGGAGGUGGCCAAGCCCCAGGUGCCCCUUAUGGAGGAUAUGGGCAGCCUCAGGGUGGACACUAUGGCCAGCAUAUGCCUGGAGGUAACAUCCCACCAGGAGUUAACCCCGAGGCAUAUCAGUGGUUUCAGACUGUUGACACCGAUCGCAGUGGCUACAUCAACCUGAAGGAGCUAAAGCAGGCCCUGCUCAACUCCAACAACUCAGCAUUCAAUGAUGAAACCUGCCUGAUGAUGAUCAAUAUGUUCGACAAGACCAAAACUGGCCGCAUUGACAUGUUUGGCUUCUCAGCUCUCUGGUUGUUUUUGCAGCAGUGGCGGGCAAUAUUCCACCAGUUUGACCGUGACCGCUCAGGGUCCAUUAACAGCAAUGAGCUGCAUCAAGCGCUGUCUCAGCUGGGUUACAACCUGAGCCCACAGUUCAUUCAGAACCUACUGAACCGCUACCGUAGCCGUGGUGUGAGUAAUGCCCUCCAGCUUGAUUCCUUCAUCCAGGUGUGCACUCAACUGCAAAGCAUGACCCAGGCCUUCCGUGAGAAGGACACUGGCAUGACCGGCAGCGUCCGCAUGAGUUAUGAGGACUUUCUCUCCUGCGCCAUUACACGGCUCAUGUGAAGAUUUGCAUUCCAUCAGAUGGCAGUUUGAUCCAUUCACUGGUAAAGGAUGACUGCUUUUUCAUGCCAAAGACCAGCGGACACUCCAGAUGUUCCCUAGUAACUGUGCCUUUCACUGCAGUUUACCUCUCACCAUGAACUCCUACUGCUUGCUUUGCUUGUUGCUUGUUUCAAUAUUAAAGUGUAUGUUGAAGGAA